AUGUCCCAGCCUGGAGGACACUGGAAGAGGCCCGGGACCCUGGGGCCUCCUGUGCGCAGUAUCCGGCCCUUCAAGUCCAGUGAGCAGUACCUGGAAGCCAUGAAAGAAGACCUGGCCGAGUGGCUUCGUGAUCUCUAUGGGCUGGACAUCGAUGUGACCAACUUCCUGCCGGUGCUGGAGACAGGCCUGGUGCUGUGCCGGCAUGCCAAUGCCAUCACUGCAGCUGCCCUGGCCUUCCUGGCUGAGUCACCUGCCCAAGCUCAAAGGAUUCCCAUGCCCCAGGCUGGGGUUUCCUGCAAUGAGGCCGCCCAGCCGGGUACCUUCCAGGCCAGGGACAAUGUCUCCAACUUCAUCCAGUGGUGUCGCAAGGAGAUGGGCAUCCAAGAGGUGCUGAUGUUCGAGACCGAGGACUUGGUGCUGCGAAAGAACGUGAAGAACGUGGUGCUCUGCUUGUUGGAGGUGGGCCGUCGGGCCUGGCGCUUCGGGGUCGCGGCGCCCACUCUGGUGCAGCUGGAGGAGGAGAUUGACGACCAGCUGCGCCGAGAGCUGGCCCUGCCGGCGCCUGACCCUCCGCCGCUGAAGCCCCCAGCGCGCAGGCGGUGCCACUUCCGCAACCUGGACCAGAUGGUGCAGAACCUCGUGAGCCACUGCACGUGCCCAGUGCAGUUCUCCAUGGUCAAGGUGUCUGAGGGGAAGUACCGAGUGGGAGACUCCAACACCCACAUCUUCAUCCGGAUCCUCCGGAACCACGUGAUGGUACGUGUGGGGGGCGGCUGGGACACGCUGGGCCAUUACCUGGACAAACAUGACCCCUGUCGGUGCACGUCCCUCUCACACAAGCCGGGCAGCCUCCUGAAGCCCCCAACCCCUCCGGUGCAGCAUGAAGUGAGGGUGCAGGACGGCCCCUCACACCCCCAGCCUACAAUGACCAUCAGCCGCUCUCAGAGCCCACUGCCCCCCGUGGACUGGAAGACAUACACUUCUUCAGGCCGAAAGCUGAGACCCCCCACCAUCUCCUCACCCAGCCCCUGCAGGGAGCAGGGAGCAGGGACAGGGGUUCUCAGGUGCCAGGAGAGGUCUCUCACCCCAUCUUGGAGGCAGCUGCCAGCUGGGCACAGCCCACCCAGCCCCCAAUCCUCAUUCAUCCAUGGGGGCCAAGACCCAUGGUGUACCUCGUCUGGGAAGAGGGAGGGAAGACACCUUUCUGAACUCCCCAGGGGAAGGACUCCUACCUCUUGGGUUCAUGAGGAAAAAGACAGCCAGGGAACCCCUGCUGGGACCCCAACCCCCCAAAGACUCCGAGCCCCAGAGGCCACCACCAAGGGAACAUCAGCACGAGGACCCUCUCCCCCUCCUCGCUCCUCUAGCCUAGCCAAGCCCCUCGGGCUCAGGCUGCCACUGUGGGAUGAGGCCCGGGGUGCUUCCUCCCAGCUCAGUGAGCCAGCACCUGUUUGUUCUCCAUCCCCUGUUAAAGGACUCACCAAGAUCCCCAUCCGGCUGCCCCCUGCCCGCCCCCCCACACCAGGAGGCAGCUUUCCAAGUACUGCACAUGGAGUUCCCAGGACAGAACUUGGGAGAGGACCCAUCGCACUAAGGCCCAUCUCUGGGGACCUGGCUGGGUCCAGACAUGAGGACUGCUCUGUGGCAGUGAGGCACAAAGACCAGAAGCCUGAGGGAACGAACACUCCCCUGGGCCUGGGCAGUUCCAAGGAGCAAGCCAUCUACCACAGCCUUGAAGAGGAGAUUUUGGCCAAGAUGAAGCUGCUAGAUGUGGGAGGUGCCUGUCCUCAGGACACAGGACCUGGGAUCAUCCCUCGAAGUGGAGUCUAUGUCCCCAGCCUGGGUGGGCAGUGGCCUGAGCCUGGGAGUCCUUAUGACAGAGUCAUCCAAGAACUGGCUCAGGGCUCCCCACCCCUCCUUAAAGUGGACAUGGAAGCCUGGAAGGCAGCCCCAAUAUGCUCUCCUAAGCCAGCUGCUACCACAGGCCCAGGAACCCCAAAGGGGAGGCUGGGAGCCCGAGAGAGUAGACCAAGGACACAAGCAAGCCUGAGUGCCAAGAGGACCAGCACGAGGAAGGUCCCACCUCAGAGGGGGCAGGACCGCUCAGCCCCUACUGUGUCGGCCAGUCAGGGAGCCCCUGCACCUGUGCCCUCAAACCCCAUUUCUGACAAAGCCAAGUCAUGUCUUGGAAAGGGUAAGAGGACCCUCCGGAAACCCCAGAGGGUCCCCUCCAUCUACAAGCUGAAGCUGAGGCCCAGGAUCCGGCCUCGGAGAGACCACAGGCCUGAGAAGUGCCCUUCAAGGAUCCCUAAGCCACUAGCCUACCUCUAUCUGGGUCCAGUCAGGGCACCCCCCAGGGGCAAGCUGUUGAGAGCCAUGCUGGGCAAGGGACGUGAGGCUUCUCAAGUGGUUGCAGUGCCAGCAGGUGAGAAGAAGGAAGAAAAAGAGAAGAAAUUGCUGGCUGGCCAUGGGCCGCAGCAGUUUGACCAAGCCCCACUCCCACCUGAAGAGGAGUCCUGGGUCUGA